UGCGCAUCAUGAACACUCGCAGUUGCCUCGUGGUGCUGGCUGGCGUGGUGGCCAUGGCGGCAGCGCAGGGCUACGGUGGUGGAGGCGAUGGCGGUGGCGGCGGCGGUGGCGGCGGCGGGGGGCGGUUCAUCCCCAUCGUGAAGGACGACCGCACGCAGAACGCCUACGGCGAGAACACCUUCGAGUUCGAGGCCGCCAACGGCAUCGUCCGCUACGAGUCCGGAAAGGAAAACAACGGACACGUGCAGGAGGGAGGCUGGAGGUACCAGGCGCCGGAGGGCAUUCCUGUGGAAAUCACCUUCGUGGCCGACCAGGGUGGCUACCAGCCCCAGGGGGACCUGCUCCCCGUGGCCCCGCCUCUUCCCUACCAGAGGACGCAGUCCUUCGGAGGAGCAGCAGGAGGCGGAGGAGGAGGAGGAUAUGCUUGAAUCUGAGAGUAUUUCUGAUUUCUUGAGUUGAUCUCGUUGAUUUUUUUUUUUUUUUAUCGUUAUUUGUCCUUAUUGUUGAUUGCUUUUAUUACUGUAUCUAGAUAUUGCCUU